GGGCUACAGUUUUGGAACUUGCGCCUGCCAGCCGGAAAAAAAUAAACAAAAUUUACUUGUAAAUCGUAUCACGUUGUAAGAAAUCAUGGUCCAGAAGAUAUUAAUGAUCUGCUUAGGCAACAUCUGCCGGUCGCCAAUUGCGGAGGUGGUAAUGGUGGAGACUCUGAACAAGGCGAAGGUGCAGAAUGUGGUGGUGGACAGUGCAGCCAUUGGUCCCUGGCAUGUGGGCAACCGAGCCGAUCCCCGGGCCAUCAGCACCCUGCAGCAGCAUGGUCUGCAGUGCACCCACAUUGUGCGCCAGAUCCGCAAGGAGGAUUUCAACGAGUUCGACUACAUCUUCGGGAUGGACGAGGACAACAUGAAGGAACUGAAUCGUCUGAAGCCCUCGAAGGCCAAGGCAGAACUCCUCCUUCUGGGGGAUUUCGGUCUGGAGAAGAAGAACCGCAUCAUUGAGGAUCCUUACUAUGAGAGAGGCGCCGAAGGAUUCGAGACCGCCUACCAACAAUGCGUCGUGGCCUGUGCCGCUUUCAUGAAAGAGCGCCUGCAGAAAUAAAUGUUUUGUAAAAAUGUGAUAUUGUUAAAUAAAUAAAUGGCUGGUACAAAA